GUUGACGUUACCGUACUUGAAUCCCAAGAUAAUACCACCCCACCUCUUCCUUCCUUCCAAAAAUCCAAUACUCCAUUGUUAUUGCGCCCUCCGACAAAUGGGUUUCUCUUAUUUCUUUCUCUGGUUUCUCCUUCUAUUCCCUGCCAUGUUUCCUAACGUUCGUGCGUUCACGGGGACAUACGGGAUAAAUUAUGGCAGGAUCGCAGACAAUCUGCCUCCACCUGAAAGUGUGGUUACACUUCUCAAAGCAGCAAAGAUAAAGAAUGUUAAAAUCUAUGACGCUGAUCAAAGUGUCCUCAAGGCAUUUAAAGGGUCUGGAAUUGAAAUAGUGGUCGGCCUGGGGAAUGAGUACUUGAAAGACAUAAGCGUGAAUGAGGACCGUGCCAUGAAUUGGAUAAAAGAAAAUGUGCAGCCAUACCUUCCUGGAACUCAUAUUCGUGGCAUUGCCGUGGGAAAUGAAGUUUUGGGAAGUACUGAUGUAGAACUCUGGGAAGCUUUACUGGGUGCAGUAAAAAAUGUUUAUAGUGCGCUUUCUCGGCUGAAUUUGUCCGGUACAAUUCAGGUUAUAAGCCCUCAUUCAGAAGCUGUGUUUGGUAUUUCCUUCCCUCCCUCUUCAUGUGUUUUUAAGGAGAAUGUUCUUCAGUACAUGAAACCACUUCUGCAGUUCUUCUCACAGAUCGGUUCUCCAUUUUACAUAAAUGCCUACCCUUUUCUGGCUUACAUGAGUGAUCCUGAACAUAUUGAUAUUAACUAUGCCCUUUUCAAAUCUAAUCCUGGGGUUUAUGAUGCGAAGACUAAUCUGCACUACAAUAAUAUGUUUGAGGCUCAGAUUGAUGCUGCCUAUGUUGCUUUGGAAAAAGUUGGGUUCGACAAAAUGGAGGUUAUAGUCUCUGAAACAGGAUGGGCAUCUCGUGGGGAUGAAAAUGAAGCAGGGGCUACCUUAAAAAAUGCGAGGCAAUAUAAUUAUAGUUUGCGUAAAAAACUAGCCAAAAAGAAGGGAACUCCCUACAGGCCAAAGAUGGUGUUGAAGGCUUAUGUUUUUGCAUUGUUUAAUGAGAACUUGAAACCUGGUCCGACCUCUGAAAGGAACUUUGGACUCUUUAAAGCUGACGGGAGCAUUUCGUAUAGUAUUGGGUUCACGGGACUUGUACCUAGUUCUGCUGCCUCAGCCCAUCUCUCUCAAGGAUCUUGGGACUCAAGGAUGGGUUUGCUGCUUGUUCUCCUUGGUUUAUAUGGCUUGUGGUGCGGUGCUGCCUCUGAUUUCAUUGUGACAAUUCCUUGAAAGGCUUGCAUCUCUCGUAUUACUUGUUAUUUGUUAAUUUGAUUAUGAAGGGGUAGGCGGAAUAGUUCUUCAAAUUCUUGGUUUAGUACAGCUUCAUUGUAACACAAUUCAUUGUGUAUUCUUUUAUUAACCAUUAUUACAGUGUAAACUGUAAAGACUUGACCAAAAAUUGCUGAUUGUUUUUAUAAAUUAUUUUGGAAAC